UGUCUUCGUCAAGGCAGCGUGCUCCCGAAGUAAGAAGAAGAAUGCACCGCCGUACAGCAUCAUGAUUGCAUUGGACAAGGACAGUGGGAUCACUGAUGGGAACUGUGACUGCCCUGUUGGGAAAGUGGCCUGCAAUCACCUUGUAGGGAAGCUACUGAAAACACGUGAAGCAGCAGGGGCUCUUGAAAAAGACACCCGGCAACAGUCUAAAAGCUCGAUGUGGCACCACGAGAGGAUGCACCGUGUGACAUCUUCGCAGUUUGGUGUUGUCUUGAAGCGCAGAGAGUGGACCCUGAAAGGGCUCCAAAACUUCACAAGUCAGAAGGACCUCUCCAGAGUACCUGCAAUCAAGUAUGGAAUCUCUAACGAACCGCUAGCCGCACAACGGUAUGGAGAAGUGCUACACAAGAUGGGCCACAAUGCUGUGGUCAGUGGUUGUGGACUCCUCGUUAACCCCCGCUUUCCAUGGCUUGGGGCAUCACCAGACCGUGUCAUAUGCGAUCCAGUUGAGGGCUCCUAUGGUGUGGUUGAGAUUAAGUGUCCAUAUUCGCUACGUGAGCACCAGGCUUGUGACCUCGCAGGGCUAGACUUUUGCUGCCGUGUGAAUGACAGUGUGCCAGAACUGAAGCGAGACCACCAAUACUACUUUCAGUUGGCUGGACAGAUGGGUGUCUCAGGUAUGAGUUGGGGUGACUUUGUUGUUUAUGGAAAAGACUUUAUUCUUAUAGAAAGGGUGAGGUUUAAUCCCAGCGAGUGGGAAGGCAUUCGAGAAGUGCUCGACAAUUUUUAUUUCGAACUUUGCUGCCAUACUUGGAAGGCACUACACGGGCCUCUUCUACGUCAUAACUGCAAUGGAUGAAGGGUACUACCGCUUAAGACUCUUGAUGAGUAGAAAUGUCAAUAAAUGUUUUUGCUACUGUU